AUGUCUGUGUCUCUUUUUCCAAUACUCUAUUUUUGGUGCCAAAAAGCAUUUAUGCCAAAAUCCGGUCAAAAUCUAGAAUGUCCUACUCGCCCUUGGUAUUGGACUAUACUGAGUCCGAUGGAGAAGAAGCACCGCCACCCACAACAGGGCCGCCCCGCGAAAAGCUCCCCCAUCGAUCACCACACUGCUACGAAUCCCCAAGAACUACAAGAAGCAACCCGUCGUGGAUCAACUCGACGAUACGGUCAAAUGGGGAAACGAGAGGAAGAAAAACCAAGAUCCAUCCUGACGGCUGCAAGAUGGAGGAUAGUUCACCUCCAGAGCGAUUCGUUCAAGGAAGGCCAUCUCAUCACUGAAUUGGCCAGGAUGUUGUCUACUGCCGACGAAAGAGUGCUGAAGAGACACUAUAAAAGCUUCUCAUCCGAGGCUGAUCAAAGGGGACUUCACCACAAAAACCAAUAA